CUGCUUACCAUCUUAUUCUGGAAGGAAUUCUAAUCCUCUGGAUAAUCAGACUUCUUUUCUCUAAAACUUACAAAUUACAAGAACGAUCUGACCUUACAGUCAAGGAAAAAGAAGAACUGAUUGAAGAGUGGCAACCAGAACCUCUUGUUCCUUCUGUCCCCAAAGACCAUCCUGCUCUCAACUACAACAUUGUUUCAGGCCCACCAAGCCACAACAUUGUGGUAAAUGGAAAAGAAUGUAUAAACUUUGCCUCGUUUAAUUUUCUUGGAUUGUUGGAUAACCCUAGGGUUAAGGCAGCAGCUUUAGCGUCUCUGAAGAAGUAUGGUGUGGGGACUUGUGGACCCCGAGGAUUUUAUGGCACGUUUGCACCAGUUGGCAAAAUGAAUCAUACACACAGAAGAUAUGGACAUCAGAUGUUGAAGAACAAUGUUCAUUUGGAUUUGGAAGACCGUCUGGCAAAAUUUAUGAAGACAGAAGAAGCCAUUAUAUACUCGUAUGGAUUUGCCACCAUAGCCAGUGCUAUUCCUGCUUACUCUAAGAGAGGGGAUAUCGUAUUUGUAGAUAGAGCGGCCUGCUUUGCUAUUCAGAAAGGAUUACAGGCAUCACGUAGUGACCUUAAGUUAUUUAAGCAUAAUGAUAUGGCUGACCUGGAGCGACUACUAAAAGAACAAGAGAUUGAAGAUCAAAAGAAUCCCCGCAAGGCUCGUGUAACUCGACGUUUCAUUGUGGUAGAAGGAUUGUAUAUGAAUACUGGAACUAUUUGUCCUCUUCCAGAGCUGGUUAAGCUAAAAUACAAAUACAAAGCAAGAAUCUUCCUGGAGGAGAGCCUUUCAUUCGGCGUCCUAGGGGAGCAUGGCCGCGGAGUCACUGAACACUACGGAAUCAGUAUUGAUGACAUUGAUCUUAUCAGUGCCAACAUGGAGAAUUCACUGGCUUCUAUUGGAGGUUUCUGCUGCGGCAGGUCUUUUGUAAUUGACCAUCAGAGACUUUCCGGCCAGGGAUACUGCUUUUCAGCUUCGUUACCGCCUUUGUUAGCUGCCGCAGCAAUUGAGGCCCUCAACAUCAUGGAAGAGAAUCCAGACUAUCAAAUGCAUGUUUUCCGUUUAGGUAUUUUUGCAGUGUUGAAGGAGAAGUGCAGACAAAUUCAUAAAGCUUUGCAAGGCAUCUCUGGAUUAAAAGUGGUGGGAGAGUCCCUUUCGCCAGCCUUUCACCUACAGCUGGAAGAGAGCACCGGGUCUCGAGAGCAAGACGUGAAGCUGCUUCAGGAAAUUGUAGACCACUGCAUGAACAGAAGCAUUGCAUUGACUCAGGCACGCUACCUGGAGAAAGAAGAGAAGUGCCUCCCUCCGCCCAGCAUUAGGGUGGUGGUCACUGUGGAGCAGACGGAGGAAGAACUGGAGAGAGCUGCGUCCACCAUCAAGGAGGUGGCCCAGGCUGUCCUGCUCUAGGCUGAGUCCCAGGGCAGUGGCCUCCUGCUGCACAGCAUGCGACAGGACUCGAGACCGUCCUCUGGCCAGGGCAUGACCCGGAGGAGAGGGGAGUACGUGAAGGCUUGUUACCAAGGGGUGUGGAUGCGGACCAGUGGUGUGACCGUGGGAAGGAUGCUUACUGCUUUAAAGAGAAGACACAUCUAAAAGCCCAGGAGCUGGUUUUUUUAAGAGAAAAACUAAUUGCAGUGUAUAACUGGUAUUUAAAGUACGCAUUUAGUACUAUUUAAAUGUUUUAUUGUACUAGCAUUUUAUAUUCCUUUUGUUGUCGGCGUCUAAAACUGGAGCUUCACCUUCUCUCCCUUCUAACAGGAACAACUCUGUGAGCACUCCUUAACUCCAUAGUGUUUUGUGGAAAAGUGACCUGGCCACAUUAGAACUGAGAGCAACACGUCAACGUGUGUGAUACAAAAUUUGUUAUUGAAGAUCUAAUUCAGCCACAUAUUUUCCAGUCUUCAUAGUGUAAACUCAGUGGUGGCUAAAAAGAACACUUUUUGUUAUAAACUUUGCGUUGCAUUUGAAUCCUAGAAUUUUUAUAUGCACUAAAUAUUGAUGUUAUACCAUUUCUAAACUGAGCAUCCCUAGCCAGAGAAUAUUCAUUAUACUACCUAAGUGAGCAAUAAUUUCAAUCCAGUACUAUUUUAUUUUAAUAUAAUUGGCCUUUAAAUUUAUUAUGUACAUGUGGGCUUCUAAUUGUUGUGGGAAGAGGGUUGGUUAUUAUUAGGAUGUUUAUUCCAAAAUAUAAAUCACAUCCUUUAUAUUGUAGAGUGUCUUAAAUGUAUUCCUUUUUUGUAUGGUGGGUUUGCCUAGGGACAUACAACUACAGGCUUUUCUAAGCUAAGAAAAAUGAGAAUGUUUUUUCUUUCCAGCUUACAAAUUCCAAAUAUCAACAAAAGAUGUGAAAGGACUAAAAUACAAUUUUUAAGCUGUACUUUACCUGUUUUUCCUUUAGCAAAUCAAGUGAAGUGGUGUAAAGGUUUGUGAUAUGUGCACAAGAUAGCAUAUAAAUAUUACAACAUUAUUCCUUUUCGUAUUAAAGGUAAAGGGAUAAAAUUGUAAAAAAAAUUUUCAUUUUUAUAAUCUGUGUUCAUAUGAACAUGAUCUUAAGCGUCUUUUUAAAUAACAUGUAUUUUUUUAACGUUCAGCUUCUAUGUUGCUUGAGGUAUUUCGUACUGAUGUGCCUUGUGAUUGCUGCUGCUUUAAAGGAUACAGUAUUCUUUGGGGAUGGAUUUUUUUUCAAUGAAAUAAACCUACAUUCCUGAUGA